AAUGUAUCUUUUUAUUAAAGUUUAUAAUAAAUACCGAAAUACGGCAUACGCAUAUUUUAAGUUUGUAUAUUUCAUAAAGAAAAACACUUCAUGGAUUUCAUUGAAGUACCAGAAAUUGCAAAUGUUGUAACCGUCGAAGGAAGUCCUUGCAUGUCACCGAUGGACCAGGAUCAUUUGAUCUACCAACAACUUUAUAGCAGCGGUGAAAAGUCAGGAGAUAUAAAAGGUUAUGAAUGUUAUGGAGAUUCGCCAGAUCAUGGCUAUGAAAGCGACACGAUUAAUCAGAAAACCUGUUUCAACGACUUCACAGAGGGAAGAUUCACAGACAUUCUGACGCCAUCGACUGGCACCUACAAUUGCACAUCUGCACCUAUGCUGGGCAGCAAUGUGUCCACCAUGAUGCCGGUAACGACAAUAGACGAGGGACCAGCCCCUCUAAAAAUCGAGCCAUCUGACGACUUUGCGGGCUGGACGUCUGGCACAGAGUCAUACUCGGAGCUUGACUACAUCGACUUAACUAUCGACAGCCUUUCAGCAUUAUCCUCAACAUCAAUCGCUAAUUAUGACGUAACAACGACGUGUAACAUGACGUAUGCUUCACCACAGCUUUUUCAGCAGCCCGUUUCGAAAUGUGAACCCACACGAUAUGGCCCUACAAAGUUGUACCUGAGACCCAAAUUCCGGCCUACUAUACACCGUCAGAAUCGCUCAACAGUUGUUCACCCUACGACGACGCGUUGUUGGAAAUCUCAGACAACGAACAAGAGACCGCAUUGCCAUCAAUUAAUCCCGCCCAAAUCAAACAGACACCAGAAACUACAGCUCCGAAACGAAGGAGACGGAAGACUACGAAACAACCAAUUCUUUGGAGGUUUUUACUGGACGCGCUCAAUCAACCAGAAAAAUACGGCAAAAUGAUUCAAUGGGUUGAUAUUAAACUGGGAACCUUCCAGUUCACGUCGCGCCACAAGGAG